ACACACGCACGGUUACUGCACGUACGCACACACACGCUUACACUCACAAAUACAAAUACAAAUAAACACACACUCAUCUUUAAAGAAAACGGAACGCGAACGAGUGUGUUGUGCAUUCCAUUGCCGGCGUGUGCCAAGCAACAGCAAUAUAACAAAAGUAUCAACAACAUUUAACAGCUGCCCGCCCGGCUCUGUAACACAUGAACCAGCCAGUAAGCUAGCAAGCAAACAAAACAAAACCAACACCAACACAAUAAAAAGAAAAGAUAUUUCCUUGGAAAAGAAUUCGCGCGUGUACAAAAAUCUUUAGCGCGUCGUCGCGUGUGGCUUGCAAUUGCAACAUCCACUUCUUCCUCUUCUUGUUUCGAGCCGAACAACGUGUGAUUAAUUGCUAGGUGAGCGAGAGACUACGCGAUCGAGAGCUUGUAAGCUCGCGGCUUAAACCUCUGAGUGCGGCAUCCACGACAGAAUGACAUGCAAAAAUGUUGACUUGAAAAACUAAAUGUUUGUGCGUGUACAGUUUUCCAGACCAAGAUCAAGAGCAGUUCCAUAUAUCUACAACAAAAUUAUUCCCAUAAACUCUUCUACAACUUACAAUUUGUGUGCAGUGAGAGAAAUUUGAUUAUCUAGAGUGCGACUCAAUCAAGCGUUAUCAAACAAAUUUAUCAAACAAUCGUGCUACAUACAUAUACCAUCUUUAUUGCUGAGGCUAAAGUAAAAACAAAAUACAACGGAAGUGAGUGAGAGCGCUGCUAAAUUGCAAAUGGAUGCCUGCAACGCUGCUGUUGUCUUCGUUGCCCGCCCCCGUGCCGACUGACAUGGCCGAGGGCUGCGAGGAUUCUGCGGGCGCUGCUGAAACCACGUGCCACAAACGUCACACACACGAUUCAACGGCGGCACAGUACAAGCUCGACAAGAUGUUGGGCACGGUGUUGCCCUGUGAGGUGGCAACUCUGGCAGCACCAGCCAGCAGCGGAAGCACCAACAAUAGCACCAACAGCAGCAGCAGCUCUGGGAGCAUUGUCAAGCGAGAGUUUUGCGAUGGCACCGUUUUGGGAAGCAGCGCCAGUCCUACACAGAAUCAUAAUAACAACAACAACACAACUAGCAACAACAAUAACAACAACAACAACAACAAUACCAAAAUGCCAACACUUGUUUGUGCGGCAAACAACAGCAACAACAACGGGAAUGCUGGCAAUGCUGCCAACUCCAGCUCCAGUUCAUCAUCUUCGUCAUCAUCAUCCUGCUCGUCUACAUCGUCCUCCAGCUCGGCCGUCAGCACGCUGACCAGCUGCACCACCGCGGCCAUUGUGCCCUCAAAUUGUUCCACAAAUGCCAAUAAAUCGCCCGGUUCGCCAUAUUCGCAGAGUGCGGCGGCAGCUAGUCCGCUGAGAGAGACAAGUCCUAGCCACUCGCCAUCGGCAUUGGGGGCCACAGCUGGCACAAUGCCGCAUUCACCACCCUGCGCCGUAACUCCAGCAUCGCCGACAACAACAACCACAUCGUCAUCGUCGCAUGUGCUGGCGCUCAACAUCAAGACAGAGUCGGACUAUGAAAAAGAGAUCGCCUGUCACAAAAUACACUCGCCAAGCAGCAAUGGCAGUCAGCAACAUCUUCACCAGCACCACAACAAUAUCUCUAUCAACAACAACAACGACGAUGAUCUGGAUCCCCCUUUGGAACCACAUGUACUGCUAUCGCCUGCCCAUUCGCCGUACGACAGCAAGGAUCAUGUGAAGGAGCUGGAAUUCUAUAAGAAUUUAGCUGCUAAGGCAGCAGCUCUUAGCAAUCAACGUGGCACUCCACUGGGUGGUCAGAUUUCGCCUGUGCACAUGCAAAUCGAUGGCGAGGAUGAGGAUGAGGAGGACGCGGCGACACUAGCAGCACAUGGAUCUGUGGCAUUGCGCAUGCGCGAAGAGCAGGCACAGGCCAAGGCGUUUGCAGCACACUUGAAUGGAACUAUGCAAGACAUGAUAAAUUUGCAAAAAUUACAAAAUUUAGCUACCCUGCAACAAAAACAACAGCAGCAGCAGCAGCAACAUCAACAUCAACAGCAGCAACAACAGCAACAGCAACAUCAUCAUCACCAACAGCAGCAUCAACAUGCCCACUCGCACACCCAAAGCGCUGCCACAGCCGCCGCAUUGGCAAGUCUUCAGGGCUUAGCCGCCGGCAUCAGCGCCGCCUCCGUGUUCAACUCGCCACUGAAUCUCAGCGUUGGCGCAGAGGUUGCUGCCGCUGCUGCUGCCGCUGUCGCGCCCACCAACAGCUGCCACAACGGCAGCAAGAAGACAUCAAAGUCGAACACUGGCAGCAACACGGGCAGUGGCGGAAGCGGCAGUCAGCAGCACCAGCAGCACCAACAGCACCAACAGCAUCAGCCGCAGGAUAAUCCCAGCAGCAGUUCACCACAUGCCCUAAAUGCGACGACGCUGGCCAAUGUGUUAGCGGCAGCGACCGCAUCUUCAUCGCCGCCACCAGCGUUGCAAGCCCCGCCAGCCAGCGCGCAAAUGCCGCAGCUGAUUUUGGCCUCCGGCCAAUUGGUGCAGGGUGUGCAGGGAGCCCAGCUGCUCAUACCCACGGCCCAAGGAAUUGCCGUGCAAACAAUUCUGACCAUACCUGUGAGUCCGCAAAUUCCCACCAGUGAACAGUUUCUGCCGAACGCAUUCGGCGCCUAUGCUAGUUUCCAGCAGCAACAGCGCGAGCACCAGCAGCAGCAGCAGCAACAACAUCAACAACAACAACAGCAGCAGCAGCAGCAGCAGCAUCAGCGUGAGCUUCUGGCGCCUCCCUUGGCCGCACUGCAGCACGCGCCCGCGCUGCCCCAACUGGCACAAACACCGACGAAUUUAUUGAAGCCUAAUCUGUUCUCAACAGGCGUUCAGCAGCUACUGACGGCGCUCCACCCGGAGCUGUUUGCCGCCGCUGCAGCCAACCAUCAUCAGCAACAGCGCGAGCAGCAGCAACAACAACUGGCAGCAGCUGCGGCAGCGGCUGCCGGUCACCUGCCGCAUCUGCCUGCCCAUGCCCAUCCGCAUGCCCAUGCGACGGACCUGAGACGUUCUGCAGAACGCACCUCGCCGGCCAAUUCGCCCACAGCAGCUGCUGCAGCUGCAGCGGUCAGUAGCAAGCCGGCGGCUGCUGCCUUUCUGCUGCAACAGCAGCUGCACAUCAAGCAGGAGACCCAAACCCAUUUCCAUCACUUGCAUGCACCACCGCCGCCGCCACCACCCUCGCUGGGGCCAGCCGUGCCGUCGGCGCAUCCGCAAAUAAGCUUGCGGCACACGGACGAGCUGACCUCGCCCAAGCUGGAGAUGAAGCCGCUGGAGCUAAGUGCCAGCUCCUCGCCACCGGCUCCAACGGCGGCACUUGCGCGGCAUCACUUCGCCCACAAUCUGCGCAGUGCAGCAGUGUCUCCAAGCAGCAGCCUGACACGUGAACCGAAGCACAGUCCGAACAGGGCUAGCGGCAGCUCUGCCAGCUCUGGCAUCAAUCUCAGCCAGCACCACGAUCGACUGGAGCGGCAGGAGCGUCGGGCACAAACACCUACAGCGACGGCUAUACGCGGCUCAGCUACAGCAGCUGUGGCAUCAUCGGCUUCCAGCGUCGGGACGAGUGGAAGUCGGGAAAGCUCACUGCUGCACCACCAUCACCAUGGGCUGUCACAUGAGCGUGGAGUGGGCUCCAGUGGUGGUCGCUUAACACCCACAACAUCUUCGCUUGGAAGCUCCGCCGCAGCUAAUGCUGGUGUUGCCGGCAGCAGUGGCAGCAGCAGCGGUGGCGGCAGCGGCAGCAACGAAAGAGGCUACUCAUCCCCGCUAUUUCGCUCGGCUCACUCGCCUGCGGGUCAUGCACUCAACAUGGGCAACUCGCCGCGUCUGGAGCGGGACUAUCUAGGCAAUGGACCAAUUGUGGGUGGCAGCACAAGCUCGAGCUGUGCCACUGCCACAGCCACAACCUGCACGGCAGCUUCCACGGCCAACGUACUUAGCAGCAUCAGCAGGCUCAAUGCUAGCAAUGGCGAGCUGACCAUCACAAAAUCACUGGGCCCACCCACAGCAACGGCCACACGACCUGCCUCGGCCUCGCCACGAGGGGAUUCACCCAUGCCCGGGCCAUCCACGUCGAGCGCUUCCCUCAUGCACCCGCUUAAGCUGAGCCCCUCGUCCCGCAGCGAACCACCGCAUCUGUCACCUGAUGGCAAUGACAACGACAACGACCUGCUUAUGGACUCCCCGAACGAGCCCACCAUCAAUCAGGCCACCACGAAUGUGGUCGACGGCAUCGAUUUGGAUGAGAUCAAGGAGUUCGCCAAAGCGUUCAAGCUCCGUCGCUUAUCGCUGGGCCUCACCCAGACCCAGGUGGGACAGGCCUUGUCCGUUACCGAGGGACCCGCGUACAGUCAGAGUGCCAUAUGCAGCGCUCUCGCUGCUCAGAUGUACGCCGCUCAGCUGUCGACGCAACAACAGAACAUGUUUGAGAAACUGGACAUUACACCAAAGAGCGCACAGAAAAUAAAGCCCGUGUUGGAGCGUUGGAUGAAGGAGGCCGAAGAGAGCCACUGGAAUCGGUACAAGUCGGGUCAGAACCAUUUGACGGACUACAUAGGUGUGGAGCCAUCGAAGAAGCGCAAGCGCCGCACCUCCUUCACGCCCCAGGCCCUGGAGCUGCUCAAUGCGCACUUCGAGCGCAAUACGCAUCCAUCGGGCACCGAGAUCACCGGCCUGGCUCAUCAACUGGGCUACGAGCGCGAAGUCAUUCGCAUUUGGUUCUGCAACAAGCGACAGGCCCUUAAAAAUACAGUGCGCAUGAUGUCCAAGGGUAUGGUCUAGUUGGGCGUGUAAAUAGGCGCAGUCUAAUGUAUAUAGUACUAUAUAUAGCGAUGUGAAUGUGUUUGUGUAUGAGUAAGUGUACGUGUUCGUGUACGUGUGUGUAUUUUGUAUUGUAUUAUGUGAUAGUUUUAAACACAUUUAGUAUCUAGUAUUUAGGCCAUGUAAAGCAAAAGUGUGUCAUAGUAUUUAUGAGAGACGACAUAAGGAUUAGCAUAGAGCCCCCAAGUUUAAUCAAUUUCAUCAAUUAAAUCAUAUCCAAAAUUGCCUAAUUGCAGUCUAGAGUCGCUGCAGACUUGUCCUGGCAAGCUCUUUGACAUAAACGUGCCAUUCCAAAAUGAUGAAGAACGUGAAAAGCGAACAAAAACAAAUUAGAAUCUAAUCUCUCGAAGCCCCUAUCUCUGUAUAAUCAGCUAAAGUUUCCACAUCAACAUUUCUAUCACUAAGCCCAAAAACCAAAUCCACAAGAAACCACUCGAUUCGAGUGGCCAGUGAAGUGGAGCGAUCGAAAGGGACGAAAGGGUCAAAAGGGACGAAAGGAGGAAGGGAGGGAGCGAGAAAAACAGUUGCAUUUAAUGCGUUGGCUAUAAAAACUUGUAUGUGUAAGUGUACUUUAUUUUAAAAAGUAAAUUAACAAAUUAUAAUCUUAAAUAAAGGGAAAUCUAUAAUUUGGCUAGCAAACUAAUUGUAUGGUACUCGUAGCGCACGAAAGCCUAAUACUAAGCAAAUUAAUGUAGCGAUUUAAAUGAAACAGAACAAAGAAUACAAGUACGAGUAUGAAAAAUGCGAAAUGCAAAAGUGAAAGAAAAGCACACACACAGAAAUUACUGAAGAAUAAAAAGACCUAU